GUAAUAUUGUGAAUGCAGAAUGGCUAAAUUUGUUAACCCCUGUGUUCCAGUCCUGUAGCACUUCUUUGUGGUUGAGAGCUAGGAGAAGGAGGGAGUUAAGAAAUUAAUUGAGGGUUUAAAGAAGCUAAAACGGCUUUUGAGGACUUGGUUGGUCUGGCUAUUAAUGAUGGAAAUUUGGAGUCUUUGGAAUUGUUACUGAACAAAUUAUACAAUUAUGGAGUACUUAAGGUUGGAAUUUAAAGGUAUUUUGGUGUUGAACAAAAGAUCAAGGUUAGAGACGAUUAUAGACCAGAGAAAGGAUUAUUGAGGUGAACCCAUUAUAUGUACAUGUUAUGAAAAUAAGGAAGGAUGUUAAUUAUAGCCAACAGACUAUUAUAUAUAGGAUCUUGCUCAAAAUACUGAUGAAUUUGAAGGAAUUAUUCUACCGUAAUCAAAUAGGAUAAAUAUGACUUUACACCAAAUACUCCUAAAAUAAAUUCUUUUAUAAAAGUUGUCGUAUCUCAUUUAACUGAAAUUGAACACUUGGAAAUAGAGCAAACUCUGAUAAAGCUAUGCUAAGGCUUUUAGAAUUUGAUUAUGAAGUUCAGUGAGUAACUUCAAGUGCUCCAUAA